AUGUUCAGCGGACCGGUAAUAAUUAUGGAACUUCGUUGUACUAGAAGUAAUGCAAUCGAUCGAUGGCGUGAGUUGAUGGGGCAGUCAAAAAUGCUGCAAACAUUACAACCUCAAAAUCGGUCAUCGUUGAGAGCUCGUUUUGGGCUUUCUGACACACGUAAUUUGGUGCAUGGAGCAGAUUCACAAGAGACGGCCAACUAUGAAUUGAAUUUGUUCUCACCGUUUCCAAAACCUUCUCUAAAGACUCUACUACCGGAUGAUCCUCAGUUUACAUUUGUUUCUUGUUAUAAUUAA